AUUAAUAUUAAUGACUAACAUAUAUAUUGUGCUAACUAUGGCCAGGCACUGUUCUGAGUGUUUCGCACAUGUCCUUUUACCCAUGCCAACAAUCCCAUCAGGUAGGCAUCAUUUUAUGGAUCUGGAAUCUUAGGCACAGAGAAGUUGGUUAAAUUACUUGCCCAAGGUAAACAGAACUGGCACCUGAACCUGUACAGUUUGGCUCCAGUGUCUAUGCUCUGAAAAGGCAUGAAAAAGUUAGGUCUUAAUGCUUUUUUAAUGUGGAAAGGCAGGUGUGAAAGACAAAUGGCAAAAACAUUCAAAUAAUGACUCAGGGCACAGUAGCUAGACAGGAGGGAUGGAGGGGGAAGUUGAGUGUGGUGCCUAUCUUUAUUUCCACUCACCAGAAAACCUAUACUCAUAAAGUAAUUCUAUUUAUACCCAUUACUAUAGUUGCAAACACUACAUGUAAUACAUUAAUUCCAAAGAUAUUUAUUGAUACUUACUGUAGUCUGGCACUGUUAUAGGUACUAGGGCUACAUUACAUUGAGUGAGUAAGUAGACAAGGUCACUACAUCCCAGUCAGAGGAAUGUGUUCUAGUGAGGGGUUAACUAGGGAGAAGAACAAACAUGGAAAUAAACAAGAUCAUUUCUGAUGGUGACAAAUGCUUUGGUAGAGAAGAAACAGGAUGAUUGGAAGGAUGUUAGUAGGGGUGACUACUUUAGAUCUGGCACGGUAAGAACUGCUUCUCUGAAGAGGUGACAUUUGAACUGAAAACUGAAUGAUGAAAGCCAUUCCUGUGAAGAGAAGGAAUGGAGACAGGGAAGUGAUCUCUAAGCAAAAGGAAGAGCCAGAGGAAAGGAGCUCCAAGACUUGCCAAAAAUAGAAAGAAAGCCGUGGAGAAUAGUAGGAAAUGAGAACUGAAGGGAAGAAAAAAGCAUGAAUACAUGGCUGGUACACACAAGCAGCUGAUGACAUGUUAACAUAUGGCUUUGAUAAAAUUAUAGUUGAAGAGAACCUAGGGCCAGGUCUUGAAGGAUGCUUUGCAGUUCUCCAUGAAUACAAGGAGGUGAAGAGAAAGUGCUUCUUGGCAGAGGGAGAAUGAUUAAAGGCAGAACCAUGCAUGCCAAGUCCAGGGGUUUGCUGCUGGUUAUUAGGUUUGGCUGGGGCAAGGAGUUCCUUUCCUGGGAGACUUGUUAAGAAAUAAGCCUGGAGGCCCAGCUCAGCUCCUUGGGGGUCACACCAAGCAGGCUGCACUCUAUUCUACAGGGACUAAAAUUACAAACCACCUAACUCAGUUUGUGUUUGGGAGUAACUUCAAAGGGUCCAUGAUGGUAUAGUACUUAAACUGUACUUUGUAAAAGAUUAUAGCAUAAACAGUUUUAGUGACAAAUACUGAAACUAUACUGUUAAAAUGUUAAAGAAGGAAGGACAACCCUUACAAGUAGUCUAAUCUAAGCCCCAUUUUACAGUUGUAAAAUGGUGACUCAUACUGAUUUACCUAAAGUUCCACAUCUGGUAAGGGUAGUUUGUCUACUAAAACCUUGGUGUUUGGUAUCCCUGGAAGGAUUCUUUCCAAUGUAACAUAAUUCCUGACUCUGAAAGGAAAGUGACGAAGUCAAAAUCAAAGAUAAUUUUUAAAAACUAUCACAUAUGCUCAAUUUCAGAGCCUUAGAAAAUGUUCCAAAAGUGGGAUUUGAAGAGAAUAGGGAGGGAGCAGACUCAAAUUGCAAAAAUAAUCUAUAAUCAAUGUAAUCAGAAUAUGAGCAAUCUGAACUUAAUACUGUAUUUUAUAGACUUCAACGAUUUUAAUAUAUGCAUGUUCAAAUGUGGUAUCUUAGCUACACUAGCCAGAACCUAGAUAGUUUUUCUGCUCCACAUUUCUGGGAAAGAAACAAACUCUUGCUGAGAAAUAUUAUUAAAUAAGCCUUGUCACUCAGGUGUUGCUGUGACUCUUGGCCUUGGAGUAUGUCUGUUCCACAAGAGGGUUGGAACUGCUCUGUUAGGUUUGGCCUUGUGGAUGCCCACAGGAAAUUUCAGAUUAUACCCUGCAUACUACCAACUGUCCAAUUUGUAGAAAGUAGUUUCUAACAUUCAGGGUUCACUAUUUAGCAUCUUUGCUGGUUUUCCUACUAGUAACUUUGGGUCAGUCUUGGAGUUUAUGAAUAUUUGAGCAGUACUUGGGUUGCAGAUACACCAGAAAGUCUGGACUGGCUGGAGGUAGAAGGUAGGUGCGGAAGUGGUGUGAACGGCCUAUGAAGUAAGAGAGCCAAAGAGGAGUAGUCUUCAUGAAGGGCUCAGCUACUAUAGGAGGGUGCACACAACCCAUACAAGGGAUAGCCCUGGAGCACCCAGCAAAUGGGAUCAUGAAGUCUGUACCACUGGGCCCUACAUGGUACCUACUACACAAGGCCACUCUGACAAGACCAGGAGAUGUAGUAGAUGCACCUAAUACACAGAAACAAAUAGAGAGGCAGCCAAAAUGAGGAGACAAAGAACCAUGUCCCAAAUGAAAAAACAAUGAAACUCAAGAAAAAGAACUGAACAAAAUGGAGACAAGCAAUCUGCCAGAUGCAGAGUUCAAAACAGUGGUUAUAAGGAUGCUUAUUAAACUUAGGAGAAGAGCAGAUCAACUCAGUUAAAACUUUAAGAGAUAGAAACCAUAAUAUAGAACCAGUCUGAAAUGAAGUAUACAAUAACUUCAAAGAAGAAUACAUUAAAGGGAAUCAACAGUAGCUUAGAUGAAGCCAAGGGUCAAAACAGUAAUUUAGAAGACAAGGUAUCAGAAAACACAAUCAGAACAACAAAAAGGGCAAAACAUUUUUAAGAGUAUAGUUUAAGAGACUUCUAGACAAUAUCAAGUACAAUACCUGUGUCAUAGGGAUACCAGAAGGAGAAGAGAGAAAGUAAGGAAUUGAAAACCUAUUUGAAGAAAUAGUGACUGAAAACUUCCCUAACCAGGCAAAGUAAAUAGAUAUACAAUUCCAGGAAACACAGAAAGUGUUACACAAGGUGAACCCAAAGAGGCCCAUAUCAUAGUUACAGACACAUCAUGACUAAAAUGCCAAAGACUAAAGGCAAAGACAAUCUUAAAAGCAGCAAGAAAAAAGCAGUACGUUAUGUACAAGGGAGCUCCUAUAGACUGUCAGCUGACUUCUCAACAAAACUUCGCAGGGCAGAAGAAAUUGGCAAGAAAUAUUCAAAGUGAUGAAAAGCAAGGACCUGCAACUGAGAUUACCCAGCAAGGCUAUCAUUUAGAAUCAAAGGAGAGAUAAAGAACUUUCCAGACCAGAAAAAGCUAAAGGAGUUCAUAACCACUAAGCCAAUAUUACAAGAAAUAUUAAAGGGACUUCUUUUAGAAGAAGAAAAAAGAUAAAAAAUAUAAAUAAUAAAAUUGCAGUUUUUACAUACCUAUCAACAACUGCUUUAAAUGUAUAUGGACUAAAUGCUCCAAUCAAGAGAUGGAUAGAGAUGUGGUAUAUUUAUACAAUGAAAUAUUAAUCAGCCAUUGAAAAGAAUGAAAUCUUGCCAUUUGUGACAAUAUGGAUAGACCUAGAGAUAUUAUGCUACAUUAUACAAUAUUAUGCUAGGUGAAGUCAGUCAGACAGAGAAAGACAAAUAUCAUAUGAUUUCAUGUAUAUGUGGAAUUAAAAAAACCCAAAUAAACAGAACAGAAACAAACUGAUAGAUACCAAGAACAUUUUGAUGACUGCCAGAUAGGAGGGAAGUUGAAGCAUGGAUGAAAAGGGGAAGGGAUUAGGAUAUACAAAUUUCCAGUUAUUAUUCUUGUAAUUUACACAAGAAUGUAAAGUACGUCAUAGGGAAUAUAGUCAAUGAGAUUCUAAUAGGGUGACCUCCUUGAGUGCAAGCUAUGGCUAACCAUGACUCGGACUUGAUCUUUCGCCACAAAAGCCAUGGUGUUGCCACCAGAAAACUGUGAAAAAUGUGAUGGUAAGUGUGUGAUCUGUGACUCCUAUGUGUGUCCCUGCACCCUGGUGCGCAUAUGUGAUGAGUGUAACUCUGGCUCCUAUCAGGGGUGCUAUGUGACCUGUGGAGGUCCUGGAGUCUCCAGUACUUAUUGUAAGGAGUGCACCCACCAGGAGAAGGACAGAGAUGGUUGCCCAAAGACUGACAAUUUGGGACCUCUAAGAUAGAUCUCUUCUAUGAAUACAAAAAAUAUGACUUUAAGAAGAGGUGAUUGGUGGCUGGCCUCUUCCUCCCCUCAUCCAGCUGCUGGCCUGCCUGAAAAGACUCCUACUACCGCUGACAGAAAGGGAAUGGAGCACAGAUUAUCACCUGAAUCGCCUCUCAGUACACUGGCACCUUCCCAUCCUUUCCUUUCCUCUCAUCCUGAUAAGGUUGAUAGGAAUGGAAAAGGAUUCUUCAGAGAGUAUUGUGGCAGACCAUAUCAGAAAAAAAUGAUAGAUUAGUUCAUGGUCUUUCUCACAUUCAAGAAGCAAGACUGUUUUCCACAUUGAUAAGUUCUCUCUAUACCAAGAGCUUCUAGUAUCAUUUCAGUGUUCUUGAGGAGCUGAUUAUGAAGGUAUCCGUGUUCUACAGCAGCUCUGAUGGCAGUUGUCUUUGAUAAAAUAGCGGCGUGGUAGGGAGCUCACAGAAUAAUAAAUGUGGACAUUUAAUCUUGAUAACACUUACCAGGUAGUGCUGGUUCAUGUUACUGUUCUGACAAAAUGGAAACCCUUUCUGCUGUUACUGUUUUAAUAAAGGAGGUGUUUAUUUUCUGGUAAAAAAUAUAUUCUAAUAACUAUGGUGUCAGGUGGGUACUCGACUUGCCAGGGAGAAUCAUAGGUAAAAAUAAAUGUCUAGUCACUAUGUUAUACACCUGAAACUAAUAUAUUAGAUGUCAACUGAAAUUGAAAAAAUAAAAAAAUAUAUUUUUUAUAAAAAGAAAAGACCCUGGUAACCAAGGGACCACCUCCUCAGCAGAGGAGGAUUGAGUCCUGAGCCAUUACCCAGUUUCUGUAUGGGAUGCAGGCACUUUUAAUAAGUGUGCUGGCUUUUGAAAUAUUUAAAUAUCUUAUACUCUGCCAACUAAUUAAGAGCUUGAGUCUAGACACCAGCCUUAAAGUAAUAUAUUUUAGAACCUACCUAAAUGCACUGCUAUACUUAAUAUGCCAGACCAUUAGCCUCAUAAAUUUAUUUAUUAAAUGCAUUAUCAUUUAUGCCUGUAUAACCACUUGAAUAAUUCUAACAGUGUAUAAUUUUAAUAGUGUAAAUGAAAUUAUUCCAUUGCUUUAAUCCAUGGUUUCUCAAUGUUGGCACAUUUGGGACCAGAUAACCCUUUGUGGGAGGGACUGUCUUGUGUAUUAUAGUACAAUUAUGUUUACUAGCAUUCCUGCGCUCUACCCACUAGAUGCCAACAGAACCCCUCCUAUACCAGUUGGACAACCAAAGAUAUCUCCAAAUCAUCCCUACUUGAACAUCACUGUUUUGAAUGUAUAGUUCAAUUUAGACUUUGCUCUAUAUUUUUUAGAAAUGUAUUUUUUUCCCUAAGAGUGAUGAAUCAGCACUACUUUUUAGCUUCCCAGCUACACAAAAUUAACAGAUGAUCUUUGAAAAUUGUUGGUGUUGCUGGCAACAUAAAAUGCUGAUUUAAAAGAUACUCAGCUUAAUUUGCCUAAUCAAUUGCAAAGAAAGUUAUGUAUCUAGGCAAGGAUUCUGAACACACAUUUGCAAGAAAUAUUUAUUUAACCAAAAUAUUUGGAAAGUAAAAAAUAAAGACAUUUA